UCUUAUGCGGUAUUGACAAAAGACACAUGUCUGAUAGUGAAGAUGAUUCUCCACGAUUAUCAACUGAGGCAUUGGUAGCCCUUCAAGAAUUUUACGCUCAGCAAGCCGAAAAGGACGAAAAAUGUCGUUGGAUCCUUGAAGGAAAAGAAAUUUCACAGCAAAAUAUCGAGUUUGAGGAAGACUGGCAACUCAGCCAGUUUUGGUAUGAUGAUGAAACAGCAGCUUAUCUUUCAAGAGAAGCACUUAGUGCUGCGGGUCCUGCAGGAAGGAUAGCGUUGGUAUCCUGUCCAACACUUUAUAAGAAACUGAAACCAGAGGCACAUAAUCGCCAGGUGACUCUCUUUGAAUUUGACAAGAGGUUUGCUGUUUAUGGAGAAGACUUCAUUUUAUAUGAUUAUAAUGCUCCUUUAGAUAUUCCUCACCACUUCACUGGAAACUUCGAUGUUGUAGUAGCAGAUCCUCCAUUUCUGUCUGAGGAAUGUCUAACUAAAACUGCAGUGACUGUAAAGCAUCUUGCGAAGCACAAAAUUAUUUUGUGCACAGGUGCAAAAAUGGAAGAGUUGGCCCAGAGGUUGUUGAAUGUCAGAAAAUGUAAAUUUGAGCCACGCCACAAAAACAAUUUAGCUAACGAGUUUUACUGUUAUGCAAACUAUGAUAUUAAUAUUGACAUGAAAUAAUUGUAAUGCAUGUAAAAUGCAAUAAAUGAAAUGUUCAGCAUA